AUGAACGCCGAAGAAGCGGUUCGAAUGGCAGUCGACUACGGCCGCCGAGCCGAGGCCGAAGAGGAGGCGCAGAACUUCGCCGAGGCCUUCCGCCUCUACAAGCAGGCUCUGUUCUUGUACUUUGUGGCGGCACGAGAGAUUCGCGUCGAGAGCAGCGGGUACCUACAGCGCACGCACGAGUUCAUCCGCUUCCUUGGAACAAGAACCGACGGCGAGUACUCGACGGCCAGUUCGAGUCCGUCGCCCACGAGCCAGCCGGCCCGACUGCUCAGCAGCGGGAGUAGCCUCACUCUCUUUCCGGCCCCCCACGGGCACGAGGAGCACAAAGUUUUCCACACGAGCGGCGUCGUCGUGCUUGGAGAGGCGCAGGUGCGCUGGUCGGACGUGUUCGGCCUCGAGGUCCUCAAGAGGGCUCUCAUGCUCAAUGUUGUGUACCCCGUCAAACACCCGACGUUGUUCGAGAACGCCAAGCCGCUCUCAAGUCUCAUGCUGUACGGUCCGACGGGCAGCGGGAAGUCACACAUCGGUAAGGCACUGGCCACCGAGUUCAACGAUUCGACCUUCUUCUAUGUGAUGUGCCAGCACUUUGCCUCCAAGUGCCUCGUCGGAAACGAGAACCUGACCGUGAGCACACUGUUCGAAAUGGUCCUCAACCACGCACCCAGCGUCCUCUUCCUGGACGAACUUGACGCCCUGAGUGGGACCGGAGUGAGUGGCGAAAGCUCUGGCUUUUUGUACAGAGUGAAGGCUGACUUCCUAAGUCUCCUUGAGGGGAUACUCUUCAAGCAGAAGGUCACCGUCAUUGGAGCAACCAAAUCCCCGUGGGCCGUUGACCCCGCGCUAGCGCGCGUGUUUCGAAAGUGGGUUUAUGUUCCGUUACCGACGGACGAAACACGAGAACUGAUGCUGCUGAACGGUCUUAAGGAUGUCCGCCACCAGCUGUUAGAUGCAGACAUCUUCUACCUUGUGCAGAAGACGGACGGGUACACGUGCGAAGAUCUCACGCUGCUUCAGAGGGAGGCCAAGAUGGAGGUGAGACACAAGCUCAAGUCUUCCACCCACUUUGUCAAGGUCGAAGGGUACAGGAGGCCCGGCAGUGCAUCGAAGACCGGCGAUUUCCUCACGCCGUGCUCACCGAACACUCCAGGUGCGAUCAGGUUGUCCUGGAAAGACAUCCCGAAAGAGGCCCUCUUGGAACCGGAACUCAGCUUGCAAGAUUUCGAGGCGGCCCUGCAGAAGUACCACGCUUCGGUGACAUCCAGCGAGCUUGACAAACUGGAGGCGUUCAGAACCAACCAGGAGUCAAAUGUUCACACCGUCCUGAGGGUCGACAUGAGUGCCUUCAACGAGCUUGACGGCACGAGCCUCGCAGCUUACUUCUCUUUGCAUAGCCUCGUCGUCGUCGUGGGCGCCGAGAAAAGUCCGGGAUGCCUUCAGGUCCGGCCGGGUCCUGUCUCACCGUUGGAGCCGAUCCUUAGCUGA